GGGGGUUAUUGGGGUGCUUGGAGACCGGAGGUGGGCUCCUUGUGGUGCUGUGGGCCAGGCUGUGGGGAUGCAGCACCAUCAGUGCCGGAUCUCCGGCAACCCCAAAUGCAGAGGGGGUGCCCGGUCCGCUCAGCACCCCCCCGUGGCCCUACAGCGCCCCAUGCCCGUUUUUUGCCUGCCGCCGCCAUGGCCGAGGGGAAGAUCGCGGGGCUGUACGACCUGGAGCGCACGCUGGGCAAGGGGCACUUUGCGGUGGUGAAGCUGGCGCGCCACGUCUUCACCGGGCAGCGCGUGGCCGUCAAGGUGAUCGACAAGAGCAAGCUGGCGGGCGAAGCGGCCGGGCAGUUGCUGCAGGAGGUGCGCUGCAUGAAGCUGGUGCAGCACCCCAACGUGGUGCGCCUCUACGAGGUGAUCGACACCCACUCCAAGCUCUACCUCAUCCUGGAGCUGGGCGACGGCGGCGACAUGUUCGACCACAUCAUGCGGCACGAGGGGGGGCUGGCCGAGGGUCGCGCCAAGCAUUACUUCGCGCAGAUCGUCCACGCCAUCUCCUACUGCCACAAGCUGCACGUGGUGCACCGCGACCUCAAGCCCGAGAACGUCGUCUUCUUCCAGGAGCAAGGGGUGGUCAAGCUCACGGACUUUGGCUUCAGCAACCGCUUCCAGCCCGGCAAGAUGCUCACCACCAGCUGCGGCUCGCUGGCGUACUCGGCGCCGGAGAUCCUGCUGGGGGAUGAGUACGACGCGCCGGCCGUGGACAUCUGGAGCCUGGGCGUCAUCCUCUACAUGCUGGUGUGCGGGCAGCCGCCCUUCCAGGAGGCCAACGACAGCGAGACGCUCACCAUGAUCAUGGACUGCCGCUACACCGUGCCCCCGCACGUCUCGGCGCAGUGCUCCGACCUCAUCUCCAGGAUGCUGCAGCGGGACCCCCGGCAGCGAGCCUCCCUGGAGCAGAUCGAGGGCCACGCGUGGCUGCAGGGGGUGGACCCGUCCCCCGCCAGCCGCUCCCUGCUGCCCCUCACCUCGCACAAGCGCGUGUCCCGGGAGGAGCACGAGAUCAUCAUCCAGGCCAUGACGUGCGGGCACAUCGCCGACCGGGACACCAUCCAGGAGGCGCUGGAGGCCGACCGCUACAACCACAUCACGGCCACCUACUUCUUGCUGGCGGAGAGGAUGCUGCGGGAGAAGCAGGAGGAGCAGGGCCGCCGUCGGAGCCUCCUCUAUGACCUGGCCAAGCAGGUGCAGAGCAGGACCGACCUCUCGGACACGUUCAGCCCCGUGGAUGGCAGCGGUGGCCUCCAGCCCUUCACGGAGGCGCCCGGCAGCCCCCAGCCACCCUCCUUGUCCACCUGCGGGGACAGCGGUGACAGCGGCCGCGGCCUCCGCCAGCCCCCCCGGGUGCUGCUGAAGGCCCCCGCCAUCGACACCACCAUCACCAAGAGUGCCCCGGCCCUGCAGCAGAUCUGCGAGGAGGAGGAGGAAGAGGAGGAGGACGAGGGCAGGCCCGCCGUGAUGGAGAGGAAGAGCAGCUCGCUGAACCAGGAGCAGAUGCGAGAUUUCCUCCGUGCCGGGGCCCGCCGGCUGUCAUGCCGCGGGGAGGUGCCGGGCUGGGGGGCCGAGCCGGGGGGCUGGGGUGGGCGCCCGGGUGCCAUCGGAGGCGGGCGAGGAGCCCCGGGACCCCUGGAGCCCCCCAAGGGGAGGGAGGACGACGUGGGGAGCCCCCAGGAAAGGGGGCCCGUCCUGCCGCCAUCCCCAGACCCCACGGACAAAUGCCAGGGGGCCCUCAGCAGCCCCCACAUCCAGGCCCGGCGGGGGGUGGAGAGCUUGGGCCCGGGGGGCACCGAGGUGGGCGCGGAGAAUGUGAUAAAGCUGGACCCAGGGAAGGGCAAGAGCGGCAGCCUGCGGGACCGGCUCCUGCAGUUCCCCCUGUGCGAGAAAGCCCUGGCCUUCAAGAUCCGGCCCAGCUCCAAGGAGAGCCUCCUGUCCUUGGGGCAAUUCAACUGCUGCCACGUCAUUUAGCCCCGGGCAGGGGCUGUGUGCGUCCCCCCGCAGCCCCCCCGGUGCUGCUGCACUGCUUCCACCCCCCGCUCGCCCCCAUAUCACCCCCAUCGGCCACCUCCCUGCCGCGGGGCCGGCUGGGCACAUGGAGGGGGGGGGGAGCUGGGCUGGGGUCCCUGCCCUCCCCGCUGUCCCCAGCACCCCGUGCUCAGGGAUGGGUGGACAACGACAUUUUUUUAACUACUAGAAAGAGUUUUUUUAAAUAGUCUAUUUUAAUGUAAUUAAAUAAAGAUGGCUAUAUUCCCCCCCCACCCUCCCAGCCUGAGCAAUCCUGGGACCGUAGCCCCAGGGCCAGGCUGUCCUGCCUGCCCCCCCAGCCUGUCCCCCCCCCUCAGCCCAGAUGCGCUUCCUAUUUAUUACCUCUUUGUUUUCUUGCUGGCAAGAAAUGACUGACGAGGGAGGCGGGCGCCUGGCCCGCUGUGCACUGAAGGGAUGGGAGCCGCUGGGAAGCAAAGUUCAUCGGUCCAAUAAACCACGCUUCGGGUUUGA